AUGUCGUCGCAGACUAUGACUGCGCCAGCCGUGGGCCAUCGACCGCCUGACCCAGGCCCCGAUAGCCCCAUAUACGACUAUGGCGGCUCACCAGACACUGCACCCCCUAGCAAUCCUCGAGAGGACUCCGCAAUCCGCGCCAUGCAGAAUAAUUCUGCCCCGUCAACUCCCAACGGGAUGUCCGCCCCGGACGUCGCAAUCAAAACUGAAUACUCGGACAGUCACGACUUUUCAACUGCGCAACAUCAACAAGAUGCAAAUACCCAAAAUGCCGCAAGUGCGCUCCUAGCACAACUUCUUGGAAAUCAGCCAGCCGCAAACUCCACCCCUACCACGAUACAACCUGCACAACAGGACGAGGAUCAGGAUAUCCGCAUGGAUAUCAAGAUGGACGACUCGAUUUCCCCGUCAUACAACAUGCCAGCUCAAACCCACGCGCCCAUCGACCCGAGCUUACACCGAGACACAGGCUCAACAUCUCGCGAGAUCCAGGAUUUGCUAAGUGGGAAAGCUUUAGGUGAUGGGCACAUGGGGACAAACCCUGCACACCAGGGUACGAACCAUACGGGAUUUAACUCAUCUGAUGCUGUGGGAAGCUUGUCCGACCCCAUGAACCCGAAAUUGGACGCUGAGCAGCCCUCCCUCCUUCCGCCCUUGGAUUUUUCCGCCGCCCCGAAAAAUGCCUUUGAAGCUCUUCACCAAAACGAACUGCUCACAGCCGCCUUCCUUUCGCAAAACGCCGAUCUGUCAGCCCUGGGAUAUCAAGAUGUGGCGGCCUCAAUUGCUGGAUCGGAACCUAAGAUCCAAGCAUUUGCCAAGUUGGAGUUUGAUGAUGGGCAUUUUUACGUCAAUACCUACUCAUUCAUCCUAGGGCGAGACGUGCGCGCCGCACGCGCCGCCCAUCACCGAGAGUUCCAGUACCGGCAGGCCGUGCGAAGCACUCGGGCGAAGAGUUCAAGUGGAGGAAAUACAUCCCACACCCCGAACCGUAUGAAGCGGGAGGAAAGCGCUGCCAUGAUGGGUAGUGUUGUCAGUGAUCGGGGAGGUAUUAUGGGGUUUGAUCCAGAUAUACCCCCGCAUCUUCCGAACAAUAUGAACGUGAGCCGACGAUCAUCAAAAUCAUCCUUUGACGAGGCUGUCGUACCAUUGCAUGCAAACCCGGCUCAACUACAAUCGACAACCGACUACAAUGCGCUUGCCAUGCAAUCUUUGCAAGAUGGAAACGGAGAUGCAAAGCCGGUUGAUGCGCUAGCUUUGCUCCCAUCCCCUGAUUCUUGCCCACCAUUCCCAUUCACCCCCCAACGACCGUUGACGGCAGUGCCGCAGGCCAUCGAGGGAUUUCUCGGAGACAUGUCCGGAUCUCAUACAACUUUGACCGUAACUUGUUUGAAAUGGAGCGGCGACUACAUCCAAAUUGGAGGUGUGCGUAUCCGGUUUUUGCUGCCAGACGUCCCCAUUGGCGAAACUGGAGCCGACCGCAUGGAAGAAAAAUUGGCAGAGAAUGGCGAAGAGGAGGAAGAGAAAGAUGCCCGUGCUUCGAUCGAAGUGGAUGACGACGUUGAUGAAUCUGAGAGACUCGGAAGUGAGAGCGGCGAGAGCAGGGAACCUUCCAAGAAGAUCAUCCUCAAGACAAAGGAUUCUAAAUCGGCUCAAGCAAUGGAUUCUAUCGAGAAUGGGGAUAACGAUUCGCAGCCGGCCCGCCGCCGGGGACCAGGACGUCCUCCCAAAGAUGGGAUCAUGUCUAAGCGCGAGCGAGCUGAGCUUGCCCGGGAGCAGAAAAUUGCAGCUAAGCGCGAAGCCAACGGAGGUAUCACGCCACCCCCACUCAAAGUGCCCAAGGCCGGAAAGACAGUUGCCAAAGAAUCUGUCGUUCCCGAGUCGCCAACAAACAAACCGUCCGAGAAGCGGAAGUACACCAAGAGAAAGAAGCCGGAUGGUACACCAAUGGAUUCUCCCCUUCCCUCAACGGAAGGCGGCCAAAUGUCUGCAGAGCCUCCACAAGAAUAUGUCAAACCCCCACCGGUCAAAAAACGCAAACCAUCACGAUCACCAUCCCCCAAUUAUCCUCCGGAGUCUGCUUACAAUGCCGAGGAUUUGGCGAAGCCACCGUACAACUACGCCGUUCUCAUCUUUGAUGCUCUGACGGAAGCCGGAACGCCAAUGACGUUGAAGCAGAUCUAUCGUGCGCUGAAACUGAAAUAUCCGUACUUCCGCUUCAAGUGUGAGACUGAGGGCUGGACAUCCAGUGUACGGCACAACCUGAACGGCAAUGGGCAUUUGUUCAUGCACGCAGAGCGAGAUGGCAAGGGUUGGUCAUGGCAACUUAUUCCCGGCGCGUCGGUUGAGAAGGAAAAGAAGCGACGCCCUUCGCCGCCGCCGCAGGUGUCCCACCCUCCUGCACCUGCUCCCCAGCAGUACAUGCCUCAGAUGUCCCAUUCUUAUGCACCACCUCAGGGCCCACCACAGGUGCCAAAUCCGCCACAGCAUUUCCAAUUCCCUUCUAUACCGCCUGCUCCUUUCCCGGCAUCUGUUAACGUGGGAGGACCUCCACGAGCCAGUCCCUACCCACCUCAAUCGAAGGCCCCUGCACCUACACCCGCCGCUCCUCCUGCUCCACGGGUUCAAGCUCCUGCUCCGCCCCCGCCACAGGCUGCGACACCGGCACCGGCAGCGGCACCUCCGCCGGUGCCUACACCUGCCCCUGUCUCUGCUCCUACCCCGUCUCCAGCGCCAACACCUACUCCGGCUGCUAUGCCCGCGUCUGCACCCGCACCCGCACCCGCGUCAGUACCGGCGGCACCGGUGUCGACACCGGCACCAGCACCAGUUCCAACACCAGUGCCACCUAUAAACCCAGCUGCAUCAUUCCCCAUCCCCAGUCAACUCCGCAACAACCUCCCAGCUGCAUUCGCGGCGACAAUCCCUUCAACCUACACUUCGCCCUACGCAUCUGCCCCUGCUCCGACAGGCGGCCAGCAGCAACAGUUGCAGACCCCACGACCCCCUCACGGACCCCCCUCAGCAUCAUUCCCUUACUCCCAACAAAAGCCGCCAUCCUCUCAACCUCCUCACAACAACCCGCAGCCUCGGGCCUACCCUCCAUCUGGUGGAACACAAUUCCAACACCAGCCUCAGCAUCCGCGUCCACAUCAGCCACCAGUCCAACCCCAGUCGCAGCCGCUGUCGCAUCCUCCUCAGCAGCAACAUCCGCUACCUCACCACCAGCAUCAGCCGCAGCAUCAACAUCAACACCCACACCAACAUCAGCACCAGCAGCAUCCGCCUCCAGGCCUCCCGGCCCAUUCUCACCAUCAACAACAGCAACACCCUGUUCAGCAGAACCCUGCACCAGGGCCACCAGAGUCAUCCUCGUUCAUUGAUAGAGCGAACAAGGCAAUCGAUGACUUUGAAGCUGUUCUCAUGGAAGACUACGAGGACAAGAACUACAUCCGGGAAGUCCUGCGGAGUGCGCGCGCACGGGUGUUGGGCGAUGCGCCAGAAAGCUCCUUCCCAGGCGGCGAGCCAAAGGACGAAGCCGUCAUCAUGGACGUGCUACGCAAUUUGGUCGGAAGUCUGAAAGAAGAGUGA